AUGCCCCGCUCACGGCAACCCGCUCGAUUCUCGAGUGAAGCCCCCUCCGAGUCCUCGAACUCGACCUCCCCGGACCGAACCGUUGACGACGAUACCGACUUCUUCACGUCCCAGGCAAAUGACUCGCAAUCGUCGGUCGGGCUCGGCACCGUUCGGGACCUGAACGGCCACAUCGAUCAUGAAGCGAUGCUCCCGCCGAUCGGACGCCUGCCCCCCGAGAUCCUGAUCGCCAUCUUCUCGAAACUCAGUGCGCCAAGGGAUAUGCUAAGUUGCAUGAUGGUGUGUCGAGGAUGGGCCGCGAACUGCGUUGGGAUACUAUGGCACCGGCCAUCCUGUAAUAACUGGACCAACAUGAAAAGCAUCACGGGAUCCGUCGGCGCCGCCAACGCUUUCUUUCCCUACUCGGAGCUCAUCAGGAGACUCAAUCUUUCGGCCCUCACGGCGGAUGUCAGCGAUGGCACUGUGAUUCCCUUCGCGCAGUGCAAACGGAUCGAGCGUCUCACGUUGACAAAUUGCUCCAAGUUGACGGACAAGGGUGUGUCGGAUGUGGUGGAAGGCAACCGGUAUCUACAAGCGUUGGACGUGUCGGAGUUGCGUUCCUUGACAGAUCACACCCUGUACGCCGUGGCUCGGAAUUGCCCUCGCCUUCAAGGGCUGAAUAUCACCGGAUGCAUCAAGGUUACGGACGACUCGUUGAUCGUCGUGUCGCAAAAUUGUCGGCAGAUCAAAAGAUUGAAACUCAACGGCGUCGCCCAAGUUACGGGUCGAGCCAUUCUGUCCUUCGCCCAGAACUGUCCGGCUAUUCUCGAGAUCGACCUUCACAACUGCAACCUUGUCAAUAGUUCCUCCGUUACUUCUCUCAUGGCUACGCUGCCUAACCUCCGCGAGCUCCGACUCGCUCAUUGCACUUCGAUAGACGAUAUGGCAUUCCUAGAUCUACCAAGGCAUCAUUCCAUGGACAGUCUGCGCAUACUGGACCUGACGGCCUGUGAGAGUGUUCGCGAUGAAUCUGUGGAACGUAUCAUUCAGUCGGCCCCUCGUCUACGAAACUUGGUCCUGGCGAAAUGUCGAUUUAUCACCGACCGUGCGGUGUGGGCCAUUUGCAAACUCGGGAAGAAUUUGCAUUAUGUCCACCUGGGUCACUGCUCAAACAUCACCGAUGCCGCGGUGAUCCAGUUAGUGAAGUCCUGCAACCGGAUCCGGUAUAUCGACCUGGCCUGUUGCAACCGCUUGACGAAUGCGAGUGUUCAGCAGCUCGCGACGUUACCGAAACUAAGACGGAUCGGACUGGUCAAGUGUCAGUUGAUUACCGACGACAGUAUCCUGGCUUUGGCACGACCCAAGGUUUCCGUUGGGGUGAGUUGCUUGGAGCGAGUCCAUCUAAGCUACUGCAUCAGGUUGAGCAUGGAUGGAAUUCAUGCGUUGCUUAAUAAUUGUCCUCGACUUACCCACCUCAGUCUUACCGGCGUGCAGGAGUUCCUGCGGCCGGAACUCACCAUGUUCUGUCGCGAAGCACCUUCAGAGUUCACUCAUCAGCAACGCGAUGUCUUUUGCGUGUUCAGUGGCGACGGAGUGUGUCGACUCCGGGACUACCUCAACCGAAACGUAACUCCUCAGCGGGAUCUGACCGAGGUUACCAUGUAUGACGACGACGAUGAAUUAGACGAAGAAGAGGGCCAAGUGACCGGCCUGAUGCAUGCGACUGCUAUUAACGACGACGAUUACAUUGACAUCGGACAUCCUCAAGCCUGA